AUGAAUGCGGAAUUCUAUCGGCUAGGAGUCAAUGUUGCUGUAACACAUUCAAGGCAGAAGUCAACCAUCUAUGCACUCUCUUCAGGUCUUGGAAAAUGUGGUGUAGCUGUAAUCAGAGUAUCUGGUCCAUGUACAUCUAAGGCUAUAUUAAAUAUGACCCAUUUAAAAUAUUUGCCAAAACCUAGAAAAGCUUGUUUGAACAAAAUUAUAGACCCAACUACUAAAGAACAAUUGGACAAUGGAUUAUUACUGUGGUUUCCAGGCCCCAAAAGUUUCACUGGCGAAGAUUGCUGUGAAUUUCAAGUACACGGUGGUAGGGCUGUUGUCACUUCAGUUCUUCAAGGUUUAUCUAAGCUACCAGAUUUUCGACCAGCCGACCCCGGAGAAUUCACCAGACGUUCGUUUUAUAAUAACAAAAUGGAUUUAACUGAAGUAGAAGGUUUGGCCGAUCUUAUAGAAGCUGACACUGAGCUUCAAAGAAAGCAAGCACUGAUGCAGUUAGAAGGUUCUUUGAGACAACUCUACGGUUCUUGGAGACAAUAUCUUUUAGAAAAUUUAGCUUAUGUUGAAGCUUAUAUAGAUUUCAGUGAAACAGAUAAUAUUGAAGACCUGGUGUUGGCAAAUGUUAAAGAAAAUCUAGAAAAACUAGCUAAAGAGAUUGAGAUGCACUUAAUGGACAACAGGUCAGGUGAACUUUUACGUGAUGGAGUAAAAGUGGCAAUAAUCGGAGCACCGAACACAGGAAAGAGUAGCCUCUUGAAUUCUUUGUGUAGCAGAGAAGCGGCUAUAGUAACAGAAUUGCCUGGUACAACUAGAGAUCCAAUUCAGGUUCCCCUAGACGUGUCUGGUUACUCUGUACUUUUGAUCGACACUGCAGGGAUUCGUUCACAAACUGUAGACUUGAUUGAAGACUUGGGAAUAAAGAAAUCUAAAGUCCAGGCUGAAAGUGCUGACAUGGUGAUUCUGGUGACUGAUGCUCAAUGUCUCCUCGAUGUAGACAACAUGGAUUUGUGGCUUCAAAAACAUGUUGAAAAUUUGAAAGUGCGGUGUGAUAAUUGUCUAGUAUAUGUGAAUAAAAUUGACAAUUUGUCGGACGACCAAGUUAUUAAACUUAAAAAAGUAUCACAAAAUUCUAAUUGGACCAUGUGUUUUGGUUCAUGUAAAGUCAAUGAAGGUUUGAUGGAUAUGAUGAGGACGUUUGAAAAUUGUUUGCAACAAUUAUGUGGAAAUCCAAAUUUCGAACAUCCUCGAUGUAGUCAAGCAAGACACAGAUAUUGUCUCUUAAACGCAUUGAAUAAUGUUCAGACAUAUCUUAAUAUGUCUGAGUCCGACAAAAACAUUGAUGUUGCUGCACAGCAUUUGCGUAAGGCAACAUUAUAUGUAGGGAAAAUUACAGGACACGUAUCGACUGAAGAAGUACUCACCGAAAUAUUUUCCAAAUUUUGUAUUGGUAAAUAA